AUGUUUUCCUUUCUGGGGGCCAAUUUUCUCUUCUUCAUCAAUCUCCAAGCAGAUCCUACCGAUUCACCUACCAAGGACUCGAUCAACUGGCGUCGCAAGAUGGCCCCCUCACAGGUAUCAGGCCAUCAACAGUGGUCAGAUCCUUUCUCUACACUUCAGCCUGAACUCAACAUUGAGAUACUAGAGUACCUUUCCCUUCACGACAUUCGGUCUGUCAUCAUGGCCGUGCCGAUGCUUUUGAGGACAUUCCAAAGCAAUCGCCGCUAUAUUCUGAGGUCACACUCCCAUGAACUCCUCCAAAGCUAUGGUGAAGAGUCAUCAUUUCGCUUGGCAGCAACAGCUACGCACCUUCGUGCAUUGCAUUCUAAGCAUGAUGGAGAUAGCAUCUCAGAGUUGGAAAAGCAGGUCCAGCCUAUCCUGGACUCCAUCUUACAGUCAAACUACAAAAAGGCCACGAAAAGAGGCGAUAUUCGCCUUUACAUGCUCAUCGCCGCCCAGGAGUUACUACCGGAGAUUGCCGCCUCUUUCACAAUGCCCUGGUACCAGUCCAUUCAUUUGGAGUUGUACGAUCGGAGCCCGGGCUCGAUUUGGCCGGAUAUGGCCCCCCCGGUCGUAAGGACCACAUUCAGUAAGGGGUUUCUAAGAUUCGAUUGCUACCACAAUAUAUUCUAUCAUAACCACCAACACCUACUCCAGAACCUUGAUGACAUGAAAGAGGUCUUUUUAAACUCGUUUCCUGAGUUCCCGGCUUUUGACGACGACACUUUACGGAUGUAUCCCUUUACCAUUCUACGCAACAUCUUUUGGAGAUACAAUUACUUAAUAGAGGAAGUUGAUGAUUCUCUUCUUGAACAAAGAUCAGAUAUUCUCAGGAGAGAGAGGACGUCAAAUGAGAUCUCUGCGGCUAUUCGCAGAAUACAGUUUUUGAACCGGAGUCCAAGGCAAUAUGAUUACUUCUUGUGUCGUCUUUGCUUGCAAGGCUAUCCCAGACUUGACUCUUUGGAACAACUCUCCUAUGGAGAGCUAGAGAACGCUAUACUAAAGGAAUUUGAGGAACUUGUUACAUUGGAUUUGGAGAACUACGAUAUAUGGGUGGACAAGGUUCAUUACUAUGACCUUUUGGAAUAUUUUAUCCUUGAAGGGAGUAGUGAGAUGGGUUAUUAACCUCGAGAGGAAGAUGGUGGUACUUUAUAACCGGUUUCAAUGCUUUCUGUGUACGAGAUGAUGUGGGAAUAGACUGCUUGGAUGCAAGGUUGGGAUCAAUCAGUCUGGGAGAAUCUGAAAAUGACUUAUUGAACUUUAGAAUCACCACAACCGACAUACAGACAGAGUUGAAAGGGGUUUAGUGAAUGGACGGGGUGUAAUGUAGUCGCAUAAAAAUAAAGAAAGGUUG